AUGGCAAAAUCUAUACCAAAACUUGGUUCACGGAAAACUGAACGUAUUGGUUCGUGUAAGCAUCUGCAUAAAAUACCAAAGGAGGUUAUUUAUAUUCAAGCUAGUUUCAAUAAUACCAUUGUGACUGUUACAAAUGUAGGAGGUCGGGUGAUUUCAUGGUCCUCCGCCGGUUCAUGUGGAUUCAAGGGUACACGAAGGGGGACACCAUUUGCCGCUACAACCGCAACGGGAAAUGCUCUUCGAACAGUAGUCGAUCAAGGCAUGCAUCGAGCAGACGUCAGCAUAAAGGGUCCCGGUCGAGAAAGAGAUGCGGCAUUAAGAGUUAUUUUUCAAAGUGGGAUACUAUUAAACGUUAUACGGGAUGUAACCCGUAUACCAUAUAAUGGAUGUAGGGCUCCUAAAAAAAGACGUUGGAAGUGUGUUGAAUCAAGGGUACACAAUAAGCGUCUUUAUUAUGGACGCUUUAUUCUGUCUCCACUUCUGAAAGGUCAAGCAGAUACAAUAGGCAUUGCAAUGCGAAGAAUUUUGCUCGGAGAAAUAGACGGAACAUGUAUCACACGUGCAAAAUCUGAGAAAAUACCACAUGAAUAUUCUACUGUAGUAGGUAUUCAAGAAUCAAUACAUGAAAUUUUAAUGAAUUUGAAACAAUAA